ACUUCAACAUCAGUUCUUAUAGUGAUUCUGGAUUGUUACAGAGAUGUGGAGCUCAGGAAUAGAAUUUGAAAAUUUAGACUCCGAGGAUGACAGCGUCCUGUCUUCUGAGGAGGAACAAGACAUUCAGUGUGAGAUUUUGGAGAAGCAACGGGAUGAAGCCAACCAGAGACUGUGUCAAAUGGAGGAAGCAUCCGUUCAGUUGCUGAAGGAGAUAAACAUGCUGGAAAUUCAGUUUGGGAUUGAACGCUCUUGCAGAGAGAAUGCUGAGGCUUUUGCCUUAAAGGUGACUAAAGAGAACAAGGUUUUAAAGAGAAAAAGUCAAGCUCUACUGCCCCUAAUACCAGAGAUACCUGAAAACCUGGCUGUUCUGAAGCUAGAAGAGGACACUGAUUCUGACUUUAACGCGUCAGGGGAACUGGCUGAAGAACCACUUCUCAAAAGCCAGGCCCAGAUCAGAGAGCUUCAGUCCUCUGUUGAUCAGCUUUUGGGAGAAAAGAUGCAACUGUGUGAGCAAGUAGAAGUAUUGAAAAAAGAAAAGGAAGAACUGAAAGAGCAGCUUGCAGUUGAAGUUCAGGAGAAAGAGGCCAUUUUGAUGAAGUUAACUAAACAAAGUCGAACAGUGAACAAAAUGAAAAGAGUAUCCCAGCUUGUUACAGAAGAGUUUGCAGAGAUGUCACAGAAGCUGGAAAUGGAACAAGGACUCAGACAUCAUGCUGAAAAGUUUGCACAUCAGGUGCUGGUGAAGCAGAAGGAAAGCCAAAGGCAGAGCUUGGCCCUGGUACAAAAUGAAGAAGUUGACUCACAGCUUCAGCAAGCCUUUGAGCAGAUGGCUCAGAUCAGCAAAGCACUGGAAGAGAUUCGACUGCAUUAUCAACACAAGAGGAGUCAGUCCCAGGCAGUGAUGGAUGAGUUUAAUGCGCUUACUGAGAUGCAGAUGGUCAGAGCUCAACUAGAGACGAAAACGGAAGAGAAGAUGAAGAUUGAAAAUCAGUUGAGAGACUCAGAAAAAACAGUGACAGCACUGCAAGAGAAAGUUAAGCAGCUUCAGGACAUGCUGAAAAUGGUCAAAGAGAACCCUCAUAUUGAAUCUGACCCAUCAAAUGAAGUAAAUGUCACUCCAGCACAACUCUGUUCAACUCCUCCACCUUCUCCCCCACCUCCUCCUCCUCCUCCUCCUCCUCCGGUGCUCUUUAAAAGUCCUAUUGACCCACUGGAUGCUUUAAGGAACAGAAAGAAGUCUGGAAGCAAUAGCACUAACCUAAAGAAACCUGCACAGUCUGUAGAUGUGAAAGCCAGGGCAGUGGAUGAAAUGAUGGAGAGAAUUAAGAAAGGGAUUGUCCUGAAGCCAACUCAGAAACCUUCACAGACUGGCUUAGAUGAAGACUCAUGGAAGGAUCAAAGAGCUGAGAAGAGGAGAUCUGCUGUUCUUGAGUUGCAGGGAAUAUUGGACACCAUUAAAAAACCAGGACUCAAAAGGAUGUCAUCGAGAAAGAGGAUUAGCCGUAAUGUAGGGGAGGCUGAGCUUCAGAUUGUUUUGCAGAGAAGAAGGAGGGCAAUUGGGGAUGAUACAGGCGCCUCACCCACUGCAGCCCCAAAAAAUCAGGAUCCACCUGCUACAUCCACAGCCACAAGCUCCUCAAAUUGGCUAGCAGAGAGUGGGAAUACUCCUGUCCUGCGAAGGCUGAAACAGAACCAGGAAAAGAGAAACUCACGCAUCAGAGCAUCAGAAUGUAUCAUUUGGGAAGACAAGUGAAGAUGAAAUU